AAUGCGUCACGGCUCGGGCCUGGACUCGGCCGGGGUCACCGAGCCGGCCCCAAGAGCUCUGGGAGGCUCCCUCAUCCCCGUACCCUGACCCAGCGCCUGGUGUGAUCGAAAUUAGUGCCGAAGGAAGGGGGGCGGAUUGCCCGCUGCCUGGUGAAAAGGUCAAUAUUGGACAGAGAGGCAUACAAAACCGGUGUUGCAUAAAAGUUGGCGAUAACUAACUGAGAAGCAGUUGUAUCACUUGCCUCCUGAUAGCCUCUUGCAACAAGAGUGCUCUGCUUUGCCGUCUUCCAUUAGGUCUGCACAAGUGAAAAGUGCUGAAGGAGUGUGAUAAAUUGAACCUGUGCAGUCAUACUGUUGAAGAAAGACAGAAGACAAUUUGAACCAUGGCGAGCCAGGACUUGAUGGCAAAAAAAAGAGAAUGUCUCCAGGCCUACAGCUGGUGGAGAACACCACAGAAGAAACGGAAGAAAAAGAACAAAAUAAAACCGGGAAGAAUAGAGUUUGUCCCUAGUAGUACUAACACAGCCAGACCGGAUUAUUCAAUAUUUGUUGGGGAGCUGACUCCAGAAGUAGAUGAUUUUCAGCUCUAUGACUAUUUCCUAAAGAGGUAUCCCUCAUGUAUUGACUGCAAAAUAGCAACAGACCUGCUGGGAUAUUCCAGAGGGUAUGCCUUUGUCAGAUUUGGUGAGCAAGGUGAUCAGAUGAGGGCACUGCAAGACUGCCAGAAUGCACCUGGUCUGGGGGGAAAACGAAUCCGACUGAGCAUAGGAAUUUCUAAAAGACUGAAAGCAGAAUUCCAGCGGUACCAGUCAUACAACUAUAAUGAUUAUUACCAAGAUUAUCAGAACUACUAUUCACAGUGGAAUUACGAUCCCUACGCUGACUACAACUACAGCUCCUAUACUCCCUAUGAUAGCAUGCAAGCUGUUGGAGACUGCUCUUUAGGAGAUGCUGUUAUGGCUCCAGCUGUUUUUGAGGAAGCUUCAGCUAUGACUGAAAUCAAUGAUGACCUAAUAACUGAAGAUCCACAGCUGUACUUGGAUGUUGAUGAAAUGAACAGACAAUUUAUGGAGACAAGUGAAGAACUCUAUGAUGCCCUCAUGAAUUGUCACUGGCAACCUCUGGAUACGGUCACUUCUGACAUCCCCUCUGCUAUUUAAGUGUCUUAUAUAGCAUGACCGUUAUAACCAAGGUGCUAAAAUUACAUUUCUUCUACAUUACUCUAGAUCAUAAGUUUUAAAGCACAAUGAUAGGUUGGGGUUUUUUUGCUAUGCUUUUGGCAGUUUCUGUAAUUUGUUUUGUUUUGUUCAUCACUUGGAGCAUCUUGAAAUCAUGUAAAUAUUCUAGAAAUGUAAAGAGUUCAAUGGGGUCUAAAGAUAGACUUGCCUGUGUAAAUAAAAUUUUGUUUCUGCAAACUGGCCAGCAAGGGAUUUUACUGACAUAUGUGAAACACCUUCUCUUCUGGCUUGUGAAAUUUAGCUGGAGGCAGUAGGGGUAUUUCACCUGUCUUUGGUAUGGGCAUCAGCACUAGUAAGAACUAACUCUCAUGUACUUCAAGAUACCUAGGCAAUUUUAAAAGCUCUUAACAUGCUGUACAGUUUUAACAUACAGAAGGGUAAACUUUGAGCUGCUGUAGCUGCAAACAUUCCAAAGACUUAAGGAUGAUAGCUAGUGAUAAUUUUAUUUUUGCCCAUCUUGUUAGUCUUCUCAUCUGACCCUUUACAGCAGAGAAACUGGUGUAAUAUAAUACCUGUUCUUACACAUAAAGAUCCUUGGAGAAAACACUGUGGUUUAAAGGAGGAAGGAAAACCUGUCAGGAAUUAAAGUAUCCCAGUAUCCUCUUUAACUAAGUUGUGUGCUAUCCUAAACCUCUGUUAUUUGUUCAGUCUUCAUGCUUAGAUGUUUCAUAGAGAUGAGUUUGAUAACAUUUUCAUAGGGUGGCAGGUCUCAGUUGAAGUCAAAAGAGGUUAGGUGAGAUGGUAUUGAAGAGAGUUCUGUUUUAAGACAGCGACUUCUGAGUGGCUUCCUCUAAACUGUUCUUACCUGAAAGUAUUUUCCAGUCCUAGGGACAGCUUAAGCUCCUGUUACUACUUAAUGUACACAAAGUAAAUUUCAGGGUGGAAACAAAAUAACACUUUUUUGAAGAGAAGGUGGUAGAAAUUAUCAUAUAGCUAAUACAUCUGAAAGCUACUCAAGGCAUUUUGAUACUUCCAUGUGUGUUUGGGGGCAGUCUAAACCAUAAUUGCUAGGAUGGCAGGUUUUUUUGGUUUUUUUUGCUUUAAUGACUUAAUUGCAUUCAAGUGGUGGUCAUAACCUAUAUGCUGUUCUUAAAUGUGAAACUAGUACUGCAUUGCAGAGUGAUGACUUGGCAUAGCAGGUCCCUUCUACCUGCUCCCCAGAACCUCCCUCUUUUCACAGUUUAAUUUCAGCUGGGACUGUGUUUUUCUAAGUCCCACCCAUGAAAUACAGAUGCUCUAAACUAGGAAGGUCUUUCGGUGUGAUACAGGAACUUCAUUCUUCCUGGAUUUUGUGCAUUGCAUAUGUAGAAGGAGAGAAAACAAAACCCCCUCAUUCAGGCAGGGAGAUUACUAUCACAGUCUUAGAAACUGCUUCCCUACAUUGAGAGAACUAGUUGCAAAGUGGUUGAAUACUGGGAUUUUGUUGGUGAAUGCUUCCCUAGUGUGAACUGGUCAGUCUUUGGAGGGGCAUAGUAGGGAGAUUAUUAAUGGAAAUGUGACAGAAAGUGGAAUAAAUGAAACAAAGAGAAUCUGGAUGGGAAAGGGAAUUACUUGUGUGCCUGUAUAGAAUAGUUUCACAUGAUUGCAGAAGGGUGGAAAUUCAAGAUAGUAGGUGCAGACCCCUUGAAUUUGGAUGUGGGGGUGUUAAACUUUCAAAACUGUGCUGGAUUUGAUGUCACUUGAGUUGUAGUGCACAGCUGUGGUGCCUAAGCUUGGUAGUACUAACCAGUUGCUAGGCAAAGGAUUUUGUAUCUAGCAAGAAUCGUCAUCACAAGCUGGAAGAUUAUAACCCAGGCACAGACCUGGAAGCUUCCUGCUUUGAAGUGCAUAUCCUGCUUUGCAUAGUGUUACCUAACACCAUACUUAAGCUACCGUAAGUACUUUGUGGAAACCUUUUAUUGUGUUAUCAGAUGCUAAAGAUGUGUGUUGGCUUGGUAGAAAUCCUAUAGAGCAUCCACUGAUUUUUAAGUUUUGGGAGGUUGAUCCAUGUGUGAAUUAUGUAAUGAGGAGCCCAUGUAGUUGUGUGAUUUCACUUACAUCAGUACUGUAUCACCACAGCACAUAAACCUCAAAAGUCAGAGUCUGUAUUCACCAUAUUUAUGCAGAUUUGAAAUAUUAGCAAGGUCUCCACACUGCAUUAGAGACUGUUUUCAGACAUGCACCUUCUGUUCUGGCCUGUAAAGUACCUGUAUAGUGAAAAUACUGUUUAUGAAAAGCAGUGAAAGAGGUUGUUUGGGCCAUUAGUUCUGCAAACCUGAGAAAUGUUGGGGAAUAUAUUCUUUUUAGUCAGCACAGAAGAAAAGUGAGGUGGAGAAGGGAGUCUGCUGGUUGCAGCCCGUGUGAUAGUUUUAAAUAGCUGUUUUUUGUCUCCUGAUGCUUUCUAGUCUAUACUGCUUACCAGAUAGGAGUGCAUAUGUGGGAUCAAGGUACUGUGUGCAGCACACAUUCUUUACUGUAAAGGCACACUGAAAAAACUUCUCUGUAUUGGUGUAAGCACAAAUUUGGGAAAAAGUGAGCUCAUCAGAUCUGCUGGCAUUCAUUACUGAGACUUCUAACUGAGGAAACUUCCAGUGAUGGUCCAACUACUGCCUGCAUUAGCGAGCUUACACAGACCUCAACGUGCUCAUCAUACAGAUGCCUGCUCUCAGUUCUACCAAGAGCUGAUUGCAGUAGAAACAUGAAACAAAAAGUAUUGUGAGCAAUGUUUUCAACACCACGCUAUCUCACUUUUGUUAUGUUUUGUCUGUUUUACCCAGCUGAAAUGUUGUGGGGUUUUUUAAGUCUGAUAAGGGGUUUUUUUGAAUAAUAUCUUGUAUUAGUUCUAUAAACUCUUCUUUUACCUAGCUGUGAUAGAUAGUGCCUUUACCCAAAACCCACUUAUUUCUUGAAGAAGAGUAAUGUUUUUGUUUUCCACUUCUCUGAACAGAAAAGCUUUAGUACCAUGGUUUGAGGGGCUAAUCAUCCUGCAGUCAGUGAACAGCGAGAAAGAAACAGGCUAAAAACCAGUGAAGACUGAAAAGUGUUCAGAAAGCUUAAAUGGUACUUAAGCCGUGAAUGUUUCUUUUUGCAGGGAUGCUCUUGGACCAACAGCUUCUUUCUAGCGCUACCUCAAAGUAACUUGCAGAUAUAACUCACAGGGAAGAUUGAUCAAAUGGUGAUGAUCACUAUCAUUCUGCUGGAGAUAUAUAUAUAUAUAUUUGCCUUUUGUCUCGUUUUUAAUGACAUUUAUUUAACUUCAUUGACUCAUGUCAAUAGAUGUUUGGCUACAUCAACAAGUAUUUCUGAGUUUCUUUCAAGGUAUGUCACCAUAUGGAAAUUGUUCUAAAUAAGUAAAUAAAGUAGCACUUGAAUUUACA